ACAGGCAGCAGCACCAUCACUUCGCAGGCAAACAAGAUCUUUCUGCCCGACAUUAUCUUCCUCCAGACUCCGCUGGAAAGGAGGUUGAAAUGACCGACGCAACCAUGGGAGUGAGUUUAUUUGCAACCGAAGAAACCGUGUAAGUUUAGAGCGAAGCCGCUGCGUGUGUCUUACUCUUUACUUUCACCGACCCCCUCCUCCUCCGCUGGCAGAAAUUUAUAAAGAACAAAAAAUCCGACGAGGGAGGGAGGGGGGUUGAUAUACGCCGAGGCUGAAAUCGAGAGGCGAACCCAGGGUAAGAGGAGUAAUUCGUACACGGGACUUUCCCCCUCUUAGUCCCUCCAAAGGAGGGGGAAAAGUCGCAAUAUUGGAAACGAAAAGGAAUGAACUUCUAAAGGCGUGAAAACGUCUGCAAUUGUGGAUACUUUAUAUAUUUUUAUUUCGAAAAAAUAUGGCCGAGAACGUUCUGGACUCUGGCCCGCCUUCAGCCAAGAGGCCUAAACUCUCAUCUCCGGCACUUUCCGCCUUCAGACAAAAGAACCGCGUGCUAGUAUCCUCAAUCGGUGGCCUCUUGUCUAAUGGCUACUUUAGCCAGGCUGUUCAUAAACUCAGUGCGAGGCCAACUUAUGAUAAAGUUUUUGGUGUCUUACUUGGGCCAAAUUGUCAGUCAGCUUCAGAUUUUGGCUCACUGUUUGAUUUGGAGCACGAUCUCCCAGAUGAGCUUAUCAGCUCUAAUGAACCAGGCCUGGUCAAUGGUGGGGACCUCAACCAGCUGCACACUACUCUGGGAGGAGGACCAGCAGGGAUGGGUCCCGGAGGAGGCAGUGGAGGGGCAGGAGGAAUGGGUCUUGGCCUCGGCCCUGGAGUAGGUCCUGGCGUUGUUGGCGGGGGCCAGGAUGCGGUGGCUAAGCACAAGCAGCUGUCUGAGCUUUUGCGUUCAGGGGCGCCCACCUCGACUCAGCAAGGGCACCAAGGAGCCAUGAGCAGCCCAGGGGUCCCCGCUGCUAUGGGGCAGCACUUGGCUAACAUGAAGGCAUCUUCUGGCCAGGGACCUCAGCAGAUGAUGGGCCAAGGGCAGCAGCACCUCUCUCCUCAGCAGCAGGCUAAUAUGAUGCAGCAGCAGCAACAGAAUCCUGCAGCUGGAAUGAUGGGUAAUAUUAACAGAGUGAUGAUGGCAGUGCAGCAGAAAGGCAGUAAUGGACAGCAGCAGCCAAGCAUGAUAGGGGGCCAGGUGAUGAAUGGCUCCCCCAGAAUGGGCUUUGGGAAUCAGGGUAUAGGUGGCAACAGCAACUUGUUGGCUGAGACCCUACAGCAGCAGGGAGCUGGUGGCCAGGCCGGGAUGAGGAGCCAACAACCUGGAGCAAUGAGCAAGAUGGCGAUGAUGGGGAACCCAGGGGGCCCUUUUGGAGGUCCAUAUGCAGCACAGGGGACUCCAGGCCUGGGAAGCACAGGGCUGGGCCCUCAGCUCCAGAACAAAGGCCCCAUGGCCAACAGCUUGGCCCAGUUCAACGUGGACAAGAAGAACCAGUCCAUGCAAGGAAUGGCUGCCAUGGGCUCCCAGCAGUCGCAGGCAAGUGUAGGUGGUCCCUCUGGCGCACCUGUGGGAGGGGCUCCAGGUGUGGUGUCCAAUGCUCAGGCAGGUCUGGUGGGCCCUGGUCCCCAGGGUUCUGCGGCGUCUGCUGCAGCUGGUGCGCCACCCACCGCUGACCCUGAGAAGCGCAAGCUAAUCCAGCAGCAACUGGUACUCCUGCUUCAUGCUCAAGAGUGUCAGAGGAGAGAACAAGCCAACGGUGAAGUCCGGCAGUGCAACCUGCCCCACUGUCGCACUAUGAAGAAUGUCCUCAACCACAUGACUCACUGCCAGGCUGGAAAGUCUUGUCAGGUUGCUCACUGUGCAUCAUCAAGGCAGAUCAUUUCCCACUGGAAGAACACCAUGCGAGUCCUGUUGCCACAGAACUUUACCGACCACACAAAAAGAAAAAAGGACAAAUCUUUUCCAGAUUCUGUACAAACACAUGCUCAGUUAGGGCAUUCCCACCUCUCUCUCUACUAUGGUCCCCUCCCUGACCCAUCAAUGGUGCGGCCAACUGGACCAAAUCAGAUGGUCAACAGGAUGCCAGGACCAGGUAUGAAUCAGUUCAGUCAGAUGGGGAUGCAGGCUAUGGGCCAGAGGUCCAUGCCCCCUCUCUCUAUGGGAGCAUCUGGCAACCAGAUGGGAAUGGCUGGACCCAGGAUGGGGCAGCCCAAUGUAAACCAGCUGCAGAACCAGUAUUUGUCCCAGGGACAGUUCCCUGGUUCAGGACCGGGUGUUGGAACAGCUCAGCCUGGAGCACAGGCAGGCAUGGCACAGACACAGAUGGGCACUCCUCCCCCCUUUUCAGUUGCUAGUCCUCUAGCACAGCCAGGUUCAACUGGUGGUCCCGGUGGCAUCUCCACAGUCGGGCCAAUGGCCCCCCAGAGUGUGGUCGGUGGGGUUCCGAACUCAGCUGUUGGAGCUCCAUCUUCCUCCAUAACGCCAUCUAACAUGAACCAGCAACCUCACUCCAUCCCCCAUUUGGGAGCCAUGCGCGGCAGCUCACCCUCCCCAGCUCGCAGCCGAUCCCCUACCCCUCACCAAACACCCCCUAGACUAACUGGGUCCCAGACCCCACAGCCACACACCCCUAAUGCACCACAGCUGGCUAUACCUCCAGCCCCCCAGCAGAACCAGCUUGGCCAGGGUCCAGGCUCCAACAAGCCUCUCCAGCAGCAGCAUGUAGGUCCAGCGGGUUCGACCACUCCGUCUCACCCAGGACUGGCCUCCAGCUCCACACCGCAUGGUGCUCAGCUGCCACACACUCCGUUGUCCCAAAAGGGUUCAUUCCCACCAGACAGUCAGGCCCUGACUCCACCCUCCGUCAACAGCCUGGACACUUCUUCUCAGGGGCCACAGUUGGACACCUCAACUGCCAACCUCGACCCCAAAAUGGAGGUCAAGCAACAGGACGAGGAGGAGGAGGAGAGCGAUACUGGUAGCUGCUCCAAAGGAGGGAAGCUCAGCAACCUCAGAAUGGAGGAGAAACCUGUGAAAAAGGAGGAGUGUUCUGGAGAAGGUGGUAAGGGUAUUCCCAUGGAUAUGUCAACAGUGCCGACAAUGGACGUGAAGAUGGAGGACAGGAAGCCGGAGGUGAAGAAGGAGGUCAAAGAGGAAGAGGAGAUGUUAGGGGCAGCUGUUCCACAGGUCUCAGUGAAAAAGAAGAUCUUCAAGCCAGAAGAGCUCCGUCAGGCCCUGAUGCCAACUCUUGAAUCUCUAUACAGACAAGACCCAGAGUCGCUGCCUUUCAGAAUGCCUGUCGACCCACAACUGCUGUGCAUACCUGACUAUUUUGACAUUGUGAAGAACCCCAUGGAUUUAUCAACUAUCAAGCGAAAGCUAGACACAGGCCAGUACCAGGAUCCUUGGCAGUAUGUGGAUGACAUUUGGUUGAUGUUCAACAACGCCUGGUUGUACAACCGCAAAACAUCCCGAGUCUACAAGUACUGCUCCAAACUUGCCGAGGUUUUCGAGCAGGAGAUUGACCCUGUAAUGCAGAGCCUUGGCUAUUGCUGUGGGAGGAAGCUGGAGUUCUCUCCUCAGACUCUGUGCUGCUAUGGAAAGCAGCUGUGCACUAUUCCCCGAGAUGCUACUUACUUCAGCUACCAGAACAGGUACCACUUCUGCGAGAAGUGUUUCAACGAGAUCCAGGGCGAGACGGUUUCUCUAGGUGACGACCCCACCCAGCCACAGACAUCCAUUAGCAAGGAUCAGUUUGAGAAGAAGAAGAAUGACACACUGGACCCUGAACUGCUUGUUGAGUGUAUGGACUGUGGGCGCAGGAUGCACCAGAUUUGUGUCUUGCACAACGAAACAAUCUGGCCAUUGGGUUUUGUUUGUGAUGGCUGCCUGAAGAAGGCAAAUAAAACGAGGAAGGAGAACAAGCAUUCUGCCAAAAGGUUGCCCCAGACAAAGUUGGGCUGUUACCUAGAGACAAGGGUGAAUGACUACCUGAAGCGUCAGGGCAACCCAGAGUCUGGAGAGGUCUUCAUUCGUGUCGUCCAUGUCUCUGACAAAGUGGUGGAGGUUAAACCAGGCAUGAAGUCCAGAUUUGUUGACAGUGGAGAGAUGUCGGAGUCUUUCCCAUACAGGACAAAAGCCCUUUUUGCGUUUGAGGACAUUGAUGGAGCUGAUGUCUGCUUCUUUGGUAUGCACGUUCAAGAGUAUGGAUCUGACUGUCCUCAACCCAACCAGAGACGAGUCUACAUCUCCUACCUGGACAGUGUGCACUUCUUCCGGCCUCGCAGUCUAAGAACAACAGUUUACCAUGAAAUCCUCAUCGGGUACUUGGAAUAUGUGAAGAAGUUGGGUUACACCACUGGCCACAUCUGGGCCUGCCCGCCUAGUGAAGGGGACGACUACAUCUUCCACUGUCACCCAGCAGAUCAGAGGAUUCCAAAACCCAAACGCCUUCAGGAGUGGUACAAGAAGAUGUUAGACAAGGCUGUGGCAGAGCGGAUAGUGCAUGACUAUAAGGACAUCUUCAAGCAGGCCACAGAGGAUCGUUUGACCAGUGCCAAAGAGUUGCCUUACUUUGAGGGCGACUUCUGGCCCAAUGUGCUGGAGGAGAGCAUCAAAGAGCUGGAGCAGGAGGAGGAGGAGAGGAAAAGAGAGGAGAACAGCACUUCCAAUGAGAGUAUUGAUGACACAAAAGGGGACAGUAAAAAUGCAAAGAAGAAGAACAACAAGAAGACGAGUAAGAACAAGAGCAGCCUGAGCCGAGCCAACAAGAAGAAGCCAGGGAUGCCCAACGUCUCCAAUGACCUUUCACAGAAACUCUAUGCCACCAUGGAAAAACAUAAAGAGGUAUUCUUUGUGAUCCGGCUGAUUGCAGGCCCCAUGGCAAAUGCCCUGCCCCCUAUUAUAGAUCCAGAUCCCCUUAUGGCCUGUGACCUCAUGGAUGGCCGUGAUGCUUUCUUGACAUUGGCCCGAGACAAACACCUGGAGUUCAGCUCGCUAAGGAGGUCUAAGUGGAGCUCCAUGUGUAUGUUGGUGGAACUGCAUAACCAAAGCCAGGACCGCUUCGUAUACACUUGUAAUGAGUGCAAGCACCACGUGGAGACUCGUUUCCAUUGUACUGUCUGUGAGGAUUAUGACCUCUGCAUCACAUGUUACAACACUAAGGGCCACGAGCACAAGAUGGAGAAGUUAGGCCUUGGUUUGGAUGAUGAAAGCAGUAGUCAGGCUGCUGCCACCACUCAGAACCCUGGAGACUCUCGUCGCCUCAGCAUCCAGCGCUGCAUCCAGUCCCUCGUCCACGCCUGCCAGUGUCGAAAUGCAAACUGCUCUCUGCCAUCCUGCCAGAAGAUGAAACGUGUUGUUCAGCACACAAAAGGCUGCAAGAGAAAAACCAAUGGUGGCUGCCCCAUCUGCAAGCAGCUUAUUGCAUUGUGUUGCUACCAUGCUAAGCACUGUCAGGAGAACAAGUGCCCAGUCCCAUUCUGUCUAAACAUCAAGCACAAGCUCCGUCAGCAGCAACUGCAGCACAGGCUCCAGCAAGCCCAGAUGCUGAGGAGGAGGAUGGCCAGCAUGCAGAGAGUGGGCCAGCCAACUCCUGGAGGAGCCCCUGGGGGCAACGGCCUGCCUUCUCCAGGAGCCAGCAAUGGAGCAGCUGGUCCUGGUACCCCUACAUCUGUGGGCACGCAGCCUCCAACCCCACAAACACCCACCCAGGGUAAUUUGCCUGCACUUCCUCAGCAGCAGGGAGCUGUUAUGGGGGGAAUGGGAACUCCAGGCCAGCAACAGCAGGUGCAGCAGCAAGGUGGUACCAUGCCUCCUCAACACCAUAUCCAUCAGUUUCAGCCAGUGGGGGGAGUAAGUGGAGGGGCUAUGAUGAACUCUCCUCAGCAGCCGAUGGUGCCUCAGCUUCAACAGCAGCCUCCUAGUGUCCAGCAACUCCAGCAGCAGCAACCUGGUAGUUUGCCCCCUUACAACCCCAGACCACCGGGAGCCUCUCCCCUCCAUCAGUCCUUGGGGAAACCUGGCCUGGGUCCAGCCACCCCACCUCAGCAGCAACAACCACCCAACCAGGGCCAGGGGUCAAUUCCUGUACAAGGUCAGCAACAAGGGCCCCCUCUGGCUGCUGUAGAGACUGCCCUAAAAAUCCAGCGCCUAGCAGAGACCCAGAGACAAAUGGCCCAAGCCCAAGCCCAGAUCCGUGGCUUAGGACAGGGGGGCUUGAUACCCCAACAUCCUCACCAGCAGAACAACCAGGGCCAGAUGGGCUUGCCCCACAUUGGGGCCCAAGGCAUGCCCCCCCAGGCUCAAGGAGUUGUUGGCAGGACUAUGUUAGAUCCACAACAACAGGGAAUGCUAGCAGGGAUGCAGCAAGGCGGCCUUCAGACACAGUUGCCCCAUCAAGUUCAGCAGCAGCUCCAGCAAGUCCAGCAGGCAGGGGGUGGACAACUGCCACCAACAAACCAGCAAUGGGGUGCUGGGGGACCAGCCAUGAACCCCCAGCAAAGGCCAGGCAUGAUGGGUCACAUGGCUCCACAGCAGCAGCCAACAGUUGCUCAGCAACAGCAGCAGCCGAUGAAUCCGCAACAACCACCACCAGGAAACCGUGGGCUGAUGCAGGUAAUGGGCGGAGCAGGAGGGGCAGCAGGGGCACCUGCUUCAUUAGCAGCUGCAGCUGGAGCAGGAAACCUGCCCCAGGCGGCACUGCAAGACCUCCUGCGAACACUGCGUUCCCCAAGCUCACCCAUUCAACAGCAGCAAGUCCUCAACAUUCUUCGUUCCAACCCAACCCUUAUGGCUGCUUUUAUUAGACAAAGAGCAGCCAGGUAUCAAGGCGGGCAGGGUGGUGCUGGAGGAGCAGUAGGGCCUCCACAAGGGGGCCCUGGAGGUAUAAGGUUCCAAGGGGGUGUUGGAGGGCUGCCUGGUGUAGGAGGGCAAGGGGAUGGACAGCAGCAGAUUAAUAUGAACCAAGCUGGACAGCCAGGGAUGAACAUGGUUCAGGGUGGAGUAGGGGGAGGGAAUAUGCCUACCAUGGCUCAGCUUCAGCAGUUGCAACAGCAGCGCCCAAUGCUACCUGGGAAUCUUCAGCAACAGCAAUUGGCUGCAUUACAACAGCAACAGCAGCAGGGAGCAAUGCAGGCAGGGCAGCAAGGCAACAUGACUCCACAGUUCAGAGAGAUGAUGAGAAGACACCUGCAACAGCACAUGGGAAACCACGGGCAGUUCCAGCAGCCACAAGGACUCCAGCAGCAAGGCCAGCAAGCCUUUAUGCAGCCUGGUCAGGGACAGCCAGGAAUACCCCCCUCUUCACAACCCCAGCCUGGAGGAGAAAGUGUAGGGGGUCCACAGCAGCAAGGAGGACCACAGGGUGGGCCAGGACAACUAGGCCAGCAGCAGGGCUACUCAAACUCCAUGUCACAAGUAGCUGCAGCGCUCCAGCAAAGGCUCCAGCAUCCGAUGCAGAUGCAGCAACAACAGCAGCAGCAAAAUUCAAUGGGUGGGCUUCAAGGACAAGAUGGAGGGCCUGGUGGAGUUGGAGGACCAGGAGGACCUCCACUUCUGCCUGGCCAAGGUGGACCAGGGCAGGGACAACAACAACAAGGUGGAGUUGGCGGAGGGAGUGGUGGCCCCACAAUGCCGCAGGUGUCUCAAGGCAUGCUUCACCAGAACAUCCACCAGAGGCUCUUGCAGCAGCAGCAGCAGCAGCACCUUGGUGGGGGCUCUCCAGCCCACCACAGCAGUCCCAUGAGUCCCCAACAACAGAUGGCUCAUUCCCCUCACCACCUCCAAGGACAGGGAGGACUUGGUCCAGCAGGAUCACUCAGCAGUCAGGUCAGGUCACCACAGCCCUCGCCAAGACCACAGUCGCAGCCACCACACUCCAGCCCUUCCCCGCGCAUGCAGCCCUCUCAGCCCCAGCCAUCACCUCAUCGCAUUUCUCCGCAGACCCAGACUGGCUCACCCCACCCGGGACACUUAAGCCAACAUCACCCCAGCAUGGCACCAGCCCAGCCUCCACAACCUCAGCAGCAGCCAGGUAGUUCUGUAGAUCCUGGUCAGUCCUGCCUCUCGGACCAGAAUUCAAUCAUAUCCCAGUUGAGUGGGAUGGCAGGGAUGCACAGUGGACAGGGGGGGCAGUCGGACAUGUUGGGUGGGAAUAGUAACAACAGCAGCAACAACAACCAGGAGCUUGGAACGAACAUGAAUCACAACACUUUAGACCUUAUGUAGCCUUGACUCCUACUGUCUUUCUGUCCUGAUGCUCUGAUGAGUCGCCCCAAACGACAAACUGCCAUGAAAGGAAAGUGAGGCAGAACUGCAGCUUUGGGGUUUUAGAAGUUUUUAUUUUUUAUUUAAAUAUUUUUGUGAUGUAUAAAUAAGAAUCGAAGCUUCCUUCCUAUGGGAGAUGCAACAUAAAUCUUGGAAGUCAAAUAAAUUAAAAUAAGUUAUUGCUGUUAAUAUAUAUCUAUAUAUUUUUGCCAGUUGUGUACAAAAAGGUGAAGGGGGCAGAGUUUCAGGUUGAAGAUAUUUCUUCCUUAAGUCUAUAACAAUAUUUUUGGGGACUGAGAAUUUUGCCUUUUUAUGAAUAUUUUUAAGACUUUAAAUGUGGCUAAAAAUUAAAGUAUGUUGACACAGUGUACAUUUUUUAUUGUUUUGCUUUCUUCCUCAAAUACCCAGUCAUGAUUGUAUCUUUUUUGCAGAGAGUAGGUAUAUUUUUAUUUCUUUUAAUUACUUUUUUUCUUCCUCUUUGGAUUGUAAAACAAGCAUCAACAUAUCUUUGGUUACAAAUGUGUCUUUGGACAGUUUUCACAGUUCUAUACAUUUUAAAGCAGCUGCAACAAUUCACAUGGAAUUUAUUUUAAGGGUGUGUUAAAUGCAGUUUGGUUUUGACAGCUUUGUUUUUCCUUUUCAGGGUCUGAAAAAGGGGUCCUUUUAAGGUUUGAACCUUAACAGUGUUUUGGGAGUGGGUAUAACACUGACUGUUUUUUUGGCAAAACAUUAGCCAAGUCUGCAGAACAGAGCUCUUCAUUUCUCUUAUGAAUGUACUCCCGUUUCUUUCCUUUUCCUCCCAAAAAGUGGAGAGGUGAGCUGUUGAUGCCUGAUCAUCUAGCUGGAGGUACGUCAUGUGCCUAAUUACACCUGGCUGGUGUUUAUAAAGGUGUCUUGUGUACAUAUAGCGGCCUUGUUUCUGAACUGUGACCUGGAGAAGAGGUGGAAAAGUGUCUGAUUUGUAUGCUGCAAGGUUUAAGAAAGUCCUGCCUCUAUCUUCAACCCCAACGGUUUCCCCCUUUCAGGAGUCUUUUCUCUCUUUCCCCUUGUGUUCCUCAUUAUGGUUUAGUUCAAUGUUAGUACUGUACAGAGUAAAAAUGGUGGACUUGCAUACCAUUUUUGUAAUGAAAGUGAAAAUGUAAAAAAACAAAACCUGUAUAUACUUCUAAGCAGAGAAGUUAUUUUCUGCUGCUUUGUUUCCCAUUUUGUUUGAUUGGAUAUUUGCUGUAUCUGUUUAAAAUACAAAAGUAAUCCUGAGCUACUGUAUAGUAUUCUUUUCUAAAAGGUACAGUAUGGGGUGUAGUAGGUCAGAAGCACCAGUGCGCCUUUUCUGUGUAUUUUUGACCAGGUUUUAGUGGGGGAGGGGCUAUUACAACAAGUCAUGCACCCGAACAAUCUCAGAAACGUAAGUCAUGAAACUUGCAUGAAGUAGAGCCAAGUCCAAGGCUGAUUAGAGGUGUGAUCUGAAUAAGUAUAAAUUUGCUCAUUUUGCCUUUUAUGAAGAGGACAACAUUCAUAUGCUCACUAUUUUUCUCAAAGGUUGGGCUUGCUGGGUAUGAGGAGGGAUGCAUCAGGUGGCAAUAUAUCUUGAGACUUAUUUUAUAAGAAAAUGAGAAAAAACUGUCUUUUAUAUAUAGAUAUAUUAUUAAAUUUUAUUUUUUGGAAAUAAAACUUGAAGCUACAGGAAUUAUUAGAUAAAACAUGUUUUGUUUUGUAUUAAAGAUGUUAUGGUGAUGCAAAAAGACACUGCAGACAGUCAUUCAGUUUGUCCUGGGGAGGCUGUGGAGUGUAUUAUACCAUCCUUUCGAAGAAUUGUUUCAUGUACAUGAAUAUAGUUGUAAACAUACUGAAUCACUGUACAAACUGAUGGCAACUGAACAAAUAGUUUUUGUUUUUAUCAGUUCUCCUAUAAAGAGACAGGAAAUGAGACUAUUUAAAUAUUUGUUUAGUAUUCAAAUGAAAUCUUUGACCACUUUUUUUGUUCCUCUUGUUAACAAUUUUGGUGCUUGCUGAGAGAAAGCAAAAUACCUGUUGCUCCAUUUUGAUGAGGUUUUUUUAAGUUAUUUUGGUGGUCUU